GGGCCGCAGUUUGGGGAUGCCUGAUGUAGUCUUUAAAAAGAAUAUUAUCUUCAGUAUUUCCAGGCCUUACUUUCUAUGCACAAAGAGGGGUUGGAAGGAGGGGAACGUGUAUAAGGUUAAUGCCCACACCCAGAUGUAAUGUCUUAAGCAGCCCUAACAGAGUUAACUGACACCAUAAAAUAUAUGUAUCAUUAUUAUUUUAUUAUUUAUUAUUUUAUUAUUGAUUCAGUUUGUAGACCACCCUAUACCCAUAGGUCUCAGGGUGGUUCGCAACACAAAGUUACAAUAUACAAAGCAGAAAAUACAUAAUAAAAAUAAUCAAACAAUCAACAGUAGUAAUGUAUAAACAAUACAAUCCCCAACAAAAGCCCUUAAAAAUACUCCAGUCCACAAAUACAAAAAUCCAAAUUAACAUGUUGUUUAGUCGUUUAGUUGUGUCCGACUUUUCGUGACCCCAUGGACCAGAGCAUGCCAGGCACUCCUGUCUUCCACUGCCUCCCGCAGUUUGGUCAAACUCAUGCUAGUAGCUUCGAGAACACUGUCCAACCAUCUCAUCCUCUGUCGUCCCCUUCUCCUUGUGCCCUCAAUCUUUCCCAACAUCAGGGUCUUUUCCAGGGAGUCUUCUCAUGAGGUGGCCAAAUUAACAUAUAACAUUUGAAAACAAUUAUAAACAACCCGAGUCUCCAAAUAAAACAGCACCCACCCAAGUUAAAACAAUAAUUUUAACACAUGAAAGAAAACUUACUAGAUGAACAAACUAUAUUGAUAGGAAAUCAUCAUCAUAGACAUUUAUUGCGCUAGCCAUCAUUUGAUAGGAUAUUUCAAAUUGCUUCAUUCCUAGUAUCCACUAUCAGUAUUCUCCAUUUUGCUACUGAAUUGUUUGUUCCUUUCGUUAGGAAACAUCAAAAUUGUAUAUUGAUUGUGUUAUGCCAGUCAAUUCCAAGUAACACCUGAAAAAGUUUUAAUCACCCAAUUUAUUGUGCUGGUGUGCCUGUUGAGUGCUUUUUGUGUUCCAGGAAGGCAACUUUAUGAGGAAUGAAGAAUUUGUAAUACAAGUUCAGCUGGAUCCACUUUAUUUCUGCAUUUGUUAAACAUCCAAACCUAAAUCAGGCAUGGCAGACCAGAAGUUUUUGUUUGCAUUGUACCAAAAGCUUUAGAGUUUUAUGCAAGCUGGAGAUGGCAGGUUGGGUUUUAAUUCCUGCCUAUCCUCAACGUUGUGAUAUCCGGUCAUGGAAUGACCUCAGCCUUUUCUGGUUUGGUUUGUGACGCUUAGUACUGAUAGCUGUGUGCUCUACUCACACAAAGAUAAAUUGCAGUGGUAAAUCGCAAUGCCCUUUUCUUCAUUGGAUAAAUGUGCACAACCUUGACAUUGCUGGAGCACAGUUGAACUCAGGCAGUAUAAUUGUAGUAGCAGAUUAACUUCUACAACUGCUAAUGUGUGUGCAAUCUGUUUGAUCUUAGAACAGGGGUCCCCAGACUACGGCCCGCGGGCCGGAUGCGGCCCAAUUGGCCUUCCAAUCCGGCCCGCGAAAGGUCUGGGGAUCAGCAUGGCCAUCCCGCACUUAAAAAAAAUUUUUUCAAGCCGAGAGCCAAGCCGAGAGCAAUUUUCCUCCUUCGUCGCCAUUUCCCCCCUCUCCUUCAUCGUGGUUGGCCAGCAGCAGCCAAUCAAAAAGUCGGAGUGCUUCAGCCAAUGGGUGGGCAGCAGCUGCACGUGCACAGGAGGAAAGGGGCUGUGCAAAGCUGGCCGAUCGCCAUUUUCAGCAGCCGCUUCUUGCCAGAGCAGAGCCAGCCGGAGAAACCCCUUUCUUUGCUGCCGUUCCACCCUCCGCCGCAAGCAGCCCCUGCUGAAAGGCUUCCUUUGGGAGUUCCAGCCCAGGUUUGGAACAGGAGUUCCUUCUUCUGAGAUUCCGGCAGUGCGAAGCUUUUGGGUACGGGUAGGCGCAUCUGCCAAAAGAUGCUUUGUGUAUUUUCUCGCUUUCUUCAUGUUAAAAGUCACUUGUUUGGUUCUAGAAGGGCCAAGCCCUGUAGAGCUGUUCUCUCUUGUACAAACCACUUUCUGCUUUGCCAAAUGUAUAUUUUUUCAUAAGUAUGUCCCCCUGAAUUGAGAAGAAAUUUCUUAUUGAGAAAUGAACUUAAAGUUGCAGCCUUGAAAUCUGAGAUCUUCAGAAUUGACUAAUGUUCCCCUUUCUUUCCUGCUUAGCUGUUUUCUCUCUUUCCCACAGGCCUCACCCCCAGCUUCUUCGUCCCAUCAGUCCUUCCACCUUUUAAAAAGAGGAGACUCUCUCUCUCUCUGCUGCCCACCCAGAGAGAAACGCCAAGGCACCAGGAAAUCAUGUCACGUAAAAGAAAAGUGGACUCCGAGUGCAGAGUUUUCAACGAACAGUGGACAUACGACUACUUUUUCACCCAAUACAAAGAAAGAGGCGUUUGUCUUAUUUGCCACGACACGGUGUCUGUCUUCAAGCAAUUCAAUAUCCAACGACACUACAAUACUCACCACAAGGAUAGAUAUUCUUCUUUGACAGGACAAUUAAGAAAAGAUGAAAUAGCGAGACUGAAAACUGCCUUGACAGCUCAACAAAAUGUGUUUGUGAAGCGGAAGCAGGAGAACAUUUCGUCUUUGCGAGCAAGUUUUCAGAUUUCCAGGCUUAUAGCCCGCAAUGGAAAACCCUUUGUAGAGGGAGAAUUUGUUAAAGAAUGUAUUCUUACAGCCUCCAAAGAGAUGUGUCCGGAGAAGACUGAAUUGUUUUCCACAUUGAGUCUUUCUGGAAGCACAGUGACUCGUAGGAUUGAAGAAAUGGGGGGAAAUUUGCAUGAACUUUUGCAAAAUUCCUCAGAAAAGCUUCGUUACUUCUCGCUGGCACUGGACGAAAGCACAGAUAUCCGUGAUUCUGCGCAACUCCUAAUUUUCAUCCGUGGAACAAAUGAAAAGUUUGAAUUCACAGAAGAGCUUGCUGCACUGCAAAGCAUCAAGGGAACAACGACUGGAGAGGAUAUCUUUGCAAAAGUUCAGCAAACUAUCCAUGAUUUGAAGUUGGACUGGGCUAAACUUGCCAGUAUCACAACAGAUGGUGCUCCUAGCAUGGUGGGGCGUACAAGAGGAGUGGUUGCACGCAUCAACCAAGAGAUGGACAGACACAAUCAGCCACAUCCAAUAGCAAUACACUGCCUUAUCCACCAACAAGUGCUGUGUUGCAAAAGAUCGCUGAAGUUGGACGCAGUCAUGAAAACUGUGGUGUCCUGUGUGAACUUCAUUAGAGCUCAUGCACUUAACCACAGGCAGUUUCAAGAAUUUCUGUCAGAGUUAAAUGUUGAGCAUGAAGAUCUACCAUACCACACAGAGGUCCGUUGGCUGAGUCGAGGAAGAGUUUUAAAACGUUUCUACGAAUUACUUCCUCAAGUUUAUGAUUUUAUGCUGAUGAAAGACAGAGAAGUGCCAGAGCUCCAAGAUGACGAAUGGAAAUGGCUGCUUGCCUUUCUGACUGACAUAACCGAGCUACUGAACAGUUUCAAUAUUCAAUUGCAAGGAAAGGGGAAGCUCAUUGGUGAAAUGUUUGCACAUGUGAAAGCGUUCCAAGGGAAAUUAGACUUAAUUGUUAGACAUGUGAAGGAGAAAAACUUUUUUCAUCUCCCCACAACUCAAAACCGGUCAUUGGGAAAUCCAACAGUUCCAUUCCCAAAAGAAGCAUGUGUGGAUUUAGUGGAGAGUCUGCAAAAGGAGUUCCAAACAAGAUUUAAGGAGCUUCACAUCCAUGAAAAGGACAUACAUCUUUUCCGAAACCCUUUUUGUGUGGACAUUGACACUGCAGAUCCCAUUCACCAAAUGGAAUUGAUUGAACUGCAAACUUGUGAUGCUUUGAAAGACGCAUUCAAGACAAGCAGCCUUGCAGAUUUCUACGCAUCUCUCCCCUCAGAGACAUAUCCAAACAUCAGAAACCAUGCACUCAGAUUUGCAACGGCCUUUGGCAGCACAUAUGUCUGCGAGCAAACUUUCUCUAGGAUGAAACAUCUGAAAUCUCCCACGAGAUCAAGACUGACAGAUGAACACUUACAUCACUUGCUAAGACUAGCAGUGACCAAUAUGGAACCAGAUAUAGACCAUCUCAUCAGCCAAAAGCAGGCCCAUUCUUCCCAUUCUUCCCAUUGAAGUUUUUGUUGAUUACAAUCAUUCUUUAAUUUAAAUAUUGUAUGGUGUUGUUUUAUUUAAAAUAUUAUUUUGUGUUGAUUAAAAUCAUUAUUUUAAAUUUAAAUAUUGUAUUGUUUUCCUGUUUUUUGUGCACCAAAUGCAAUAUGUUCAAUGUGCAUAGGAUUUCGGCUCCCCCCCACCCCGAAAAAAUAUAGUCCGGCCCAGCGAAGGGUCUGAGGGCGGUGGACCGGCCCCCGGCUGAAAAAGUUUGGGGACCCCUGAUCUUAGAAGUUGAUGACCAUAGUCCCUUUGUCCUUUUGAACGCAUGUAGAGCCUAAGCGUGGACGUUGCCCUUGAGACCAUUUUUACACAAGCCAGUAAAGACUGAAAGAGUAGGAACAUCUUAAUACAUGUUAUGAUACCUUUUGCACAUGUACUCUGCUUAUAGACUGCAAAGUGCCUUGUGUAAUGUUUAUGGCAGAUCUAGUCUUUGUUUCUGACGAGGAUUUCAGAAUGCCCUUGCAGAUCAAUCCACCCCAGGACUUACAGUAGGCUGGCAGGGCAAGGGGUUUUCUGAAAGGAACAACACCAGUCUGCGUGUAGCAGUGUUCAAGGAAUGAACACAGAAUAAAGUACAUAUUAUCAAAAUGUAAUCUGGAAUCUGGAUCCAGAUUCUAAAGUGAUAAAGAACUCCAAUAAGGAGGAAGAAAACAAAACAGAAAGAGAAAAAGGACAAAAAUGUUGGUCUUUUGUAAACCACUUUGAGUUUUUUAAAUAUCAAGUGGCAUAUAAAUUUUGUGGGGGGAAAUAAAUAAUAGAUAAAUUGCAUGCUGAAGUGAGAAAGCUAUGGGAUUUCCCUGUAUCAUAUAUAAAAGUAUUAUUCUGGCUAGCAUUAUACCAUAGAGAAGCCUUGGUAGGAAAGGAGAUACAGUACUAAAAUGCUGAGAAGCAAAUCCCAUCGCACUAAGAAAGGGAUGGCAAAAAGGAAACAAUCUCCUUUCAUUCAUUUAACAUCUGGCAAGUUGAAAAUACCUCUGACGCCAUUGGUGAUAUAUAAUUUCAGGAAAAUUGUUUGGGAGUGAGUGCUGAUUUCCAUGACACCAUCCUUCAGGGGGCGAAGGCUUCUUAUUGGAGUCUAAACUUCUUCCACUGUUUAAAGCCGUGAAGUUCUGAAGUUCCCAUUGGCUGAUAUCCAGAAAACCAUCUUUUCAUAUAGCAUAGCCCAGUGUUUGUAAAUGUGUGACUAUAAAUGUCUAUUUGGCACUUCCCAUUGUGGCUUUAACUAGUAAAAUAAGGCUGGAACUUAAUGUUUGAAAACAUACUCUGCUAUUGGAAUUGUAUGCUAGCUUCUUGUUCUUCCAUUAAAUCUUGAUUUUCAUUGGGGUACAUUUAAUAAAAUAAGCUCUUUCCCGGCAUUUAGCAGACUUGCUUCUAUAAGAUGUUUUGUUUAAAAACCCAGCUGCAGCAAAUACUUUUUUUGUCUUGGUCUGUUAAUCCCUACAAGGUGCUCAUAUUUUGUAUGUGUUUAGAUGCUCUUAACAAUGCUAUUAACAAUGAGGGCAAAGGGGAACAUGGAAAACAUACUUUGAAAUUAUGUAAAAAGCUCAAAAAGAGCUCCACUCCGCAGAGUACUUCAUUAAUUUGGAAAGAAAUUCAACAUCAUCAACUAAAAAGAGAGAUUUCCCCACAAAACUUUGCCUUCCACAACUGUCAGACCCUUUCUCUAGAUUAUGGGAAGAGAAAAUGGAUUUUUGUCACUAAACUUUUUAAUUUUUCAGCAUUUAAUGAUACUCAAUUUAACAUGAUUUAGAUUAAUCUGAUAUGAUUGUUCAGCAUUAGUUGCAAUACAAAAUUAUUCUGAGUCACAUUUUAAAGAUACUUUACUAAUUAUUUUUUUAAGUACCGUAAACAAAACAGAAUGACAGGUAGUAUUUUCUUGUAUAGCUUUUGCGGGUGGAGUUUAGUAAAAUUAAAAAGAGUUAAUAAAAUAAAAUAAAAGUAAAUAGUUUUUAUUUUAUAUAUCAUUAUAAAAUAUAUUAUGCAAAUAAUAAUAAUAAUAAUAAUAAUAAUAAUAAUAAUAAUAAUAAUACCCCGCACAUCUGGCUGGGUUUCCCCAGCCACUCAUUUUAUCAGAUGAAAAUCGGUAAUUUUUUGUUCAGUGUGGUGGAACAGUAAAAUUAUCUUGACCAUGUAAUAGAAAUUUCAGUCAUGUGCUGUGAAACCUUGAGAAUCAUUGGGAAAUGUUUUAUUGCUUCUUGCUCCAGAUAGCAUUGUUGUUCCUACACUAUAGAUUGAAUUUUACAUGAGCCAGCAUGGGGAUUUCCUGCAGUUGCAGCAUACCUGCUUUUCAAACUGUAUGGCAUGCUCUGUGUACAGUAAAGUUACAUUUCAACCCAGAUGUUGCUUGGUAACUGAGUUCAGUCAUCGGUUGGACAAAGCCCAGUUCAUUACUAAGAGGAAGGGACAAGUUUUGCAGCUUCAGUUAAGCACAAUACAUAUACUGUACAGUACAAUCUUGUGUAGCUGUAGAAACAGCAACAGUUUUUACUUAUUACCUGUCCUUCACCCUCAGGUCCUAGGUGUUGUUACAAUGCAAACACAAUCAUAAUCAUGAGAGAAAACUAGAUCUAUGCCAUGUACAUAAAGAGUUCAUUAAACAGUCCAAAUACUUGUAUAAUGUGCAUAAGGAUUCCUGUUAUAUUCUUUUCAAACUUUAACAAAUUACAGUGGUACCUCGGUUUAUGAACACAAUUGGUUCCGGAAGUCUGUUCAUAAACUGAAGCGUUCAUAAACUGAAGCGAACUUUCCCAUUGAAAGUAAUGGAAAGUGGAUUAAUCCGUUCCAGACGGUCCGCGGAGUAACCGUUCAUAAACUGAAGCGAACUUUUCCAUUGAAAGUAAUGGAAAGUGGAUUAAUCCGUUCCAGAUGGGUCUGUGAAGUACUUAAAUUGAAGCGUUCAUAAACUGAAACAUGGGUGUAAUUGGUUCCGGAAGUCUGUUCAUAAACUGAAGCGUUCAUAAACUGAAGCGAACUUUCCCAUUAAAAGUAAUGGAAAGUGAAUUAAUCCGUUCCAGAUGGGUCCGCGGCGUUCAUAAACCGAAAAUUCAUAAACCGAGGUGUUCAUAAACCGAGGUUCCACUGUAGUCUGUCUGUGAAUGACCACCAAGUACUCUUAAGUUUCUGUAUCACCUUUCCCACUAAUUCUGUGUAUCACACCUUGUGUGGUUAGGGGUUAGAUCUCUCAAUUGUUUGGAAGUAGUUAAAUGUGCUGCCAUUCAUGUCCAAUUUUUCAUCUGUUUAAAAACCCAG